AUGGUUCCGAAGUGGAUGAGCCGCAGUCUGGGUGGGGUGACAGACCCAGUUUCAGAAACAAAGCUAGAUAUGAAGAUCCUGCGCACCAUUCUGGCUGUCGUUGGAAAAGGCUGUCUUGCUGCCUCCUUUAACUGUGUCGUCCUCUACACGAGUGAGCUGUACCCCACAGUGAUUAGGCAGACCGGCUUGGGUUUGAGCAACACCAUGGCAUGCCUGGGCAGCAUCCUUGCCCCAUUGGUGAAGAUGUUGGAGGAAUACAUUCCCUUCCUGCCACUGAUCAUUUAUGGAGCUGCCCCAAUCAUCUCCGGUAUUGCAGCGACCUUCUUGCCCGAGACGCUCAACGUGCCAUUGCCUGAGACCAUAGAGGAGUUGGAGACACGGCAUCUGAGAGAUGAAGAACAAUAAAUGAAGAUCCUUCUGAAACCCACCAUGCCAGACCCAGCCAAGGAAGCCAGUUAAGGAAAGAAA